AUGCAGAACCAAACCAUGUCUGAAUUCAUCCUCAUGGGUUUUUCCAUUGGCCAUCAAACUGAGCUCCUGCUAGCCUUCCUCUUUUUAACCAUGUAUACUGCAAGCUUGGGGGCCAAUAUGGUCAGCCUAUGCAUUGUAUUGGUAGAUAACCGCCUCCAUAACCCAAUGUACUUCUUUCUUGGUAAUGUUUCCAUACUGGACAUCUUCUUCACCUCUGUGAUCAGCCCACAAUUGCUCUGGAACCUCCUCUCUGGAGACAAGUCAAUAUCUUUUGCUGGCUGCAUGACACAAUCUUAUUUCUAUUUCUUCUUAGGGACAGUACAAUUCCUUUUGUUUACCUCCAUGUCCUAUGACCGUUAUGCUGCCAUAUGCCAACCGCUGCAAUAUCAUGCAAUUAUGAAUAUCCAGGUGUGCAUCCAGAUCAUUUUGGCUUGCUGGCUGGGUGGGUUCUUCUCAGUUUUGGUCCCCACAAUUAUGAUCGCCAGGCUAUCCUAUUGCAAAUCUAACAUCAUCAAUCAUUUCUUUUGUGACAGUGGUCCUCUGCUGGAUCUGUCCUGCAGCGACACCCGGGUGAUAGAGUUGAUAGACUUUGUGCUGUCAUCUGUUGUUAUCCUCUGCUCUUUAGUCUUAACCUUACUUUCUUAUAUAUGUAUCAUCUCAGCAAUAAUCCGCAUCUCUACCGCUUCAGGCCGGAGAAAAGCCUUCAAUACUUGUGCUUCACACCUGACCAUCAUCUCCAUCUCCUGUGGCAUCAGCAUCUUCAUCUAUGUCACUCCAUCCCAAAAGGAAACCCUUGAAGUCCAUAAGGUUCCUGCUCUUCUCACCACAAUUGUCUGUCCUUUUCUGAACCCUUUCUUCUUCACCUUGCAAAAUGACAUGGUGAGGCUGGUACUAAGAGACAUGGUGAGGCACAUCACAGAGAAGGUUGCUCAUAAAGUUUGUGGCAUAUUGCUGGAGUUUCCCACCAUGCCCACCUCCUUACUAGUGGUCUUUUUGGCCUUUCUUUUGGGGGCUCUGCUGGUUAUGCCCAGCCAAGGGCAAAACUGGGCAGAAUUCCAGCGGAAACACAUAGACAAUAGCGAAUACCCGCCUACCAACCCCAGAUUAUAUUGUGAAAACAUGAUAUUCCUGGAGUCUCCCAACAUGCUCGCCUCCAAGAUCUCCUGCUUGCUGGUGGUCUCUUUGGCCUUUCUUUUGUGGGCUCUGCUGGUCGUGCCCAGCCAAGGUCAAACCUGGGCUGCAUUCACGAAUAAGCACAUUGACAGCAACAGCCAAUAUCCACCGCUCAGGAAAAAUGUAUAUUGUGACAACCAGAUGCGGCGUCGGCGCAUGACCAACCCUCGUUGCAAACCCCGCAACACUUUUAUCUUUGCGCCUGGCUCCGUAGUCCAACAAGUGUGCCAAAACGUCAGGGGCCCAGCUGCCAUUACCAGCACCGUUUCUUUCGAUUUGGUUGAUUGCAUAUAUACCAGUGGCUCCCCUCCUAAUAGCUGCAGCUACCAAGGAAGCACGUGGACAAAAUACAUUGUUGUUACCUGUGACAAUUAUGUUCCUGUUCACUUCAUCACGUUUAUAUGA